AUGGGCGAUAAUGGAGGUGAUAUUUGUGCUCUGUUAUGUUGCGGUCUCUGCUGUACCGCAGGAGGCACGGCUCUGAGCUCUUGGUCUAUACAAAAGACCUGGGGGGCUAAUGGCUGUUGUUGCUGCUGCACCGGUAACGGACAAGCUGGAUGCUGCGGAUCAUGCUGCGACAAGUGUUUCAAUGAGGACGACUUCGACGAGCAGACCAAGAAGGACUCUACCAACCAACAAAUGCAGCCUGCACAGCAAAUGUAUGUCCCGGAUGCUAGUGCUUCUGAGCCGCCAGCUUCAAUACCUGGUGCUAAUAAAGACACAGAAGCAUAG